CGCUCGUCAGAAUAACGUCGGUGGUAUCAAGACCUGGCUCGCUCUAGGAUUGCGUCUCCUGCAUGCAGAACAGUCGAGCCGCUGCUGAUUGUCAGGAAAGCGCUGCUCUUCGCUUUCUGCAGCAGGCGGGCUCCACGCUUGCUCUCUUUCUUGCGGCGUGCUCCCAGCUCUCUAUUUCGGUCUGCAAAGGUUGCCAGGGUAAGAGAAGGGGGCGUGGCGCGAGACUGAAUUAGCAACCAGUCAGGGCGCUUCGUUCUCUGCUGACGUCACAAUGCUAGUUCGCGAUCCCUGGAACCUGCGGCAGCAACAAUAACAAUAACAGACUGGCUCGCUCCCUGGGGCCGAUCAGCUGGGCGUGAGUGGUCGGAGCCAGCAGCAGGGACAGGCGGCGAGGGCGGCAGCUGCUACUGUCAGCCGCGUCGGAGGGGAGAGAACAACCCGAGCAACCCAAGAGGGACUCAAAAAUAGAAACGCUUCUUCUCAGGAGCAAUGUCAUCGAGCGAGUCGUCCGGGGUGCAAGAGGAGAAUUUGCAGGGUUCCUGGGUGGAGCUCCACUUUAGCAGCAAUGGGAAUGGCAGUACGGCUCCACCAGCCAGCCAGGAGCAGGUCCCAGCUUCAAUUUCCCUUUACAAUGGUGACAUGGAGAAAAUUCUUCUGGAUGCCCAGCAUGAGUCUGGACGAAGCAGUUCACGAGAGAGCUCACACUGUGACAGCCCUCCUCGUUCCCAGACACCUCAGGACAUUCUCAGAGCUUCUGAGGUAGAGAGCCGUGGCAGUGGAGAAAAGACUAGUUCUCAGUCUGAAGAAGAUUUCCUGGAAAGAAGGAAAGAAGUUGAACGGCUUUUGAAGAAGAAUUCUGACUGGAUGUGGGAUUGGUCCAGCAGGCCUGAGAACAUUCCACCCAAGGAGUUUCUGUUUAAACAUCCUAAGCGCUCAGCUACCCUCAGUAUGAGAAACACAAGUGUGAUGAAGAAAGGAGGCAUAUUUUCUGCAGAAUUUUUGAAGGUCUUUCUACCAUCUCUGGUGCUUUCCCAUCUGCUUGCCAUUGGACUAGGGAUUUAUAUUGGAAGACGAUUGACAACCACACCUUCCAGCAGCUCGUUGUAAGAGGGGGAGGAAUUCCUGUCUCUGGCACCACCGUCACGACACCUGUGUAGGCAUGCAAACUGGUGAAGCAAAGGAACUUCUGAGUGUGCAAUAGCUGUCUGGUUCUGUAUGUUUUAAGUUCAGUAAAUGUUGUUCUCAUGGUUUAAUUGUAGACGGGGAGGAUGGAAACCAAAGCCAAACUCUGUGUAAGCCCCUCCUCUUUUUUUUUUUUUUUUUUGCUCAAUUCAACAACCUAUGUUUUAGAUUCAACAUCUGAAGAGAUGCCGGAGAAAUGGAUUGAAUCUUUUUAUAAGCAAUGGUAUCAGUGCGUUUUGAGAGAAAAAAGACUAACUUUCCUAUACUCAAGGUAAUGUAGCAAGGAUGUGUUUGGCUGUUUCUUUCUAUUGUGCAAAUACUUCACGAGGAUUGCUCUUGGUAGCACUCCAGUGAAGGCUGGGACAGAAGCCGAUGUGACCUUGCCUUACAUUUUUUUUAAAGAAUAGACUCUUUUUACUUGAUUUCAAGCAGUUUAAAAAUUUGCUUUGAGAUACGACAGUAAAUGCUAAAUACUUUUAAUACAAGCCUGUGCGCUUGUGAUGGGAUACUUCCCUUUCUCUUUCAAUAAAUGUUAAUGUGCUCUUCAGCUAUUCGUAACGGUGUACAUAGGCACGACUUCAGUGUGGCAAGGCAAUUUAUCCUAAUGCCGGGACAAAGAAGGAGAACUGUGGCAUGGAGCUGAUGCAGCUUGGAAGGGUGUAGUAUUAGAUGAGGCCACUUUCUGCCUCCUUUCUCCCACUGCAGUCUUCUGUGCUCCUGAGGGUUAGUGCCCCCGCCCCCCCGGGCAAAAUGGGGAUCUGCAGGAGGAGGAAAAAUUGGUGGAAAUCACCCUUCUCUCCUCCAGUGACAAGAGCCCCUUCUGUGGGCAGAAUAGCUGGUUAUGCUGAUGGAAUGGUAGUUUGGAUCCAGCCCUUUAUUCCCAGUCUCCAGGUAUGGUUGGUCAGACCAACGGUCCAUUCAAAGACUUUCUCUGACAAGCUCAUAGACGGCGUAAGUUAUGACAGCUAUUCCCAGCUGUUUGUCUGUGACUCUGGUAGAGAGGGACUGCUUCUUAACAUGAAGUUUCUGUUACUGUUGUGGCUGUAGUGCCAUUGAUAAAUCUGCCCUCUGUUUAUCUGUUUAGAAACAUAGGUGCUUGAGAAUAUCUGAGUGCCCAGUGCAGAUUUGAUGAUAAAUGAAUUUGUUAGAGAACGAAAUAAAACAUCAUAACCCACUCUGCCCAGGUACACAUUAGAAUGCCACAGUGCACAAAUCUGCAUAUUCAACAUUUUGCUUCUUUUCGUAAGAGCCUGCCAGUCUGAUGCCCUGCAUUUGCUAAGUAAAUACAAUUGACUCACUGUAAAGUAAUGGCGUUUAAAACUGCAGCCUUGGUUUUAGACUGGAGAAUAGUGGAGACUGCCAGUUUGGUUGCCUUCCCAACUCCAGCAUUCAGCCUUAAGUGACCUCAAAUAACUGCUUCCUGCUUAGAAAGAAUAGUGAAGUAUUGCCUGUCAUCCGCCCAUGUUAGCAUUGUGUACUUAUAAUCAUAUCCAUCUAAAAGCAAGUUUGCUUUUCUCAUUGGCUUUGGCCUUAUCAUUUGGCAAACAUGGAUUUUUAAUGUUUUUGUCCUUCUGGAACAGAACUGAAAUUAAUAUAGCUGUGUUGCUGUGUACAGUGGCAUCUCAUAUCAUCUAGCUGUAUAAGCAGUUUGUAUAAUAGGGUUCCAUGUGCUAAGAUUUUUUCACUUUAGGUAUUACUUGAAGGGGUAGGUUGGGGGGGGGCUUAUAGCCAGGUUCAUUUCGCAGUAGCCCCAGUUGAAUGGCACAGAUAGUAGGGAAUGUGGAAGACCUCUGUCUGAGAACCUGGAGAGUUGCUGUCAGAGUAGACCUUGAUAGCACAGCUUCAAGUGAGGGAAGAGCCUUCAAUUUGUGUAAAGGUUUUCAGUUGGAAAGAAUUUCCCCAUCUCCUCUGUGUGAAAGAACAGCUACAUUAGUGCAGAAGGUUACAUACCCAGCUUUCCUCUGCAGAGAAGGGUGUGUGCAGUACUGCUUAUAUAGAGCUUCAGAAAUUUAUGGAUACCCACAUGGACUUAAGAACACAAGAGAAGCCAAUGUUGGAUUAGGCCAAUGGCCCAUCCCAUUCAAAACUCUGU